AUGGCCGUUGUAUACGGAGGUUCUGGCACUGGAGGAGAUGAUGACCCCGACCGCCGCCGUUUGCCCCCCAAUCCUCCACCUCCACUACCUCCGCCUGAUCUACCUGAAGACGAAUACGAUAUCGGCUUCCGCAAAUGUCGCAAGUGCGGCCAGAACAAGACGCUUGCGCACUUUCGCUACGGCAAAGGACAGCACAGCUUUGUGCGCGACUGCUUCGCUUGCCGCAACAUCAUCGCCGAUGCAGAGGGCAACGUCAGUCUCGCAAACCGGCCGUCCGUUAGUGAUCGAGGUCGGACUGCAGCACGUAAGGACCUGCCUAGCGUUGAAGCCAUCGUCCGAGCAGAGUGUUCGCUCCAACAAACACUGGGCCCUCCACAUUACGAUGUGUCAGCAGGACGAGGUCAACAACUCGCACCAAACCCGCUUACUCGACAGACAUCUGGCUCAACAGGCUUCGCACCAGGUCCACUCGCAGGCUCGAAGCGUACAGCGCUAGAUCUCGCAGGACCGUCGAAGCUGAGGCGCAGAGGCGCAGAGGCGGCAUACUAA